CAUCAGGGAAGAGGAGGAUGGCGGAGGAUGGUAAGGAAGAGUCGGUGGCUGCUGACGUCGAUUCAGAGCACACAGCGGCGGACCGGAGCAACAGCUUAAACAACACGAUGGUGGAGGAGGGCUCCACGCUCCUUCGCAGGAUGGAGAUCUGUGUCGCUGAGGCUGAGAAGAGGAGUGGCAAGAAUGCAGUGAACAUGCAGGAGACGUUCACUGUGUACCUCCUGGAAACGCGGCCGAUGGAUGCCGUCACUGAAGGUCGUAACCCAGCCCCCGACUCACUGUGGAGGAGAUACAGUGAAUUUGAGCUGCUGCGGAACUACCUGAUAGUUACCUAUCCAUACAUCGUGGUCCCCCCUCUGCCUGAGAAGAGGGCAGAGUUCGUGUGGCACAAGCUGUCGGCAGACAACAUGGACCCAGACUUUGUGGAGCGCCGCCGGGUCGGGCUGGAGAACUUUCUGCUUCGCGUGGCAUCACAUCCAGUCCUCUCCAACAACAAGCUCCUCUACCACUUCCUCACCGAGGAACACGGCUGGAAGGAGGCGGUGUAUGAGACAGGAUUUCAGGCAAAGGCAGAUUCCAGGCUGAGAGCUCUCAGUGCCACCUUCAGGGUGAGAAAUCCAGAUAAACGCUUCAUGGAGAUGAAACACUACAGCGACGAGCUGCAGUCUCACAUAUCUCAGCUGCUCCGAACACGAGCAAGGGUUGCCGAUCGACUCUACGGUGUUUACAAGGUCCAUGGGAACUAUGGAAGAGUCUUCAGCGAGUGGAGCGCCAUAGAGAAAGAGAUGGGAGACGGACUGCAGAGUGCCGGUCAUCAUAUGGAUGCAUACGCUGCCUCAAUAGAUGAUAUCUUAGAGGAAGAGGAACAUUAUGCAGACCAAAUGAAAGAGUAUCUCUUCUAUGCUGAAGCUCUGAGGGCGGUGUGCAGGAAACAUGAGCUGACCCAGUUUGAGCUUGAGAUGGCCUCCCAGGACCUCAUCUCUAAGAAGCAGCAGCGUGAGGAGCUGGCUACAGGGAUCGUGCGGACGUUCUCCUUCAAAGGCAUGACGAACAAGCUGUUUGGCCAAGAGGCACCCGAACAGAGGGAGGCGAGACUGAAGCUGCUGGAGGAGCUAAUAGUAGAGGGUGAAGAGACGGUCAAGGAGAAAACAGUCGAGUGCGAAGAGCAUGUGGAGAAGGCGUUGGUGGACAUGCAGCGGUUCAAGGAGCAGAAAGACAAAGAUCUGCGGGAAGCGCUCAUCAACUACGCCGUCAUGCAAAUCAGCAUGUGCAAAAAGGGAAUACAAAUGUGGAGCAAUGCCAAAGAAUGUUUCCUGAAGAUGUAAAGGUGAAGCCAUAUUCAAAGAAUGUCCAUGAGAGGCUCAGUGGUGGAUUUUAGGAAGUGACACCAACUUCCUGAGGCCUGAAAACAGCCACAAGAGAAAGUAACGAAAUUGUGUGUAAAGAUAAUAUCAUUUCCAUUCGCGGAGUGAUAAGGUGUGUGGUGGAUCUCACCAAGCACAGGACUUGGACUGGAGACCAGUUCACCGGGUUGACUUUUUAAAUAUUUACCUAAGACCAUUUUCUCAAGAGGCAUUUCACCAAUUUAUUAGUAUCAACUGGUGAGUGUGCUGUUUAAGAGACGCUAUCAGGUUGCAUCAUGGGAAGUGUAGGAUUCAGGAUUUUUGAAGCGUGAAAGACUUCUUAUCUCAUACACUACUGCAUUGAUUUUGACCAUUCUUUUUUAAAUUGUUUUUUGCCCAACUUCAUUCAGAUGCAAUUCUAAAUUGGUACCAAGGGUGCUUUUACACAUAUCUACUGUAAACUGCUUGCUUCAGUUCAAACACACUUUAGUUUGGUUGGUUUAGUGGUGGUGGAGUUCUGUCUGUCAAACUCUGGUACAGAACGAACAGGCUUCCAGCGGUUCCACCCAGACUCUGAUGCGGUUUGUUUAUGGUGUGAAAGCAGAACAGACAUUAUUUUGUGAUAGCAGAUGUGUGAUCUAUUAAAACGCCUCCUGAUCGUGAACUAUCAAAGAAGCAAUCAGAAAGGGAAAAUCAGUUCGAACAAGGUCUGGUUUCACAAGGAUAAACUUUGACUGUGGCUUAGAUUAAACUAGUCAGACUUUAGAUCAACUUCAAUUGGACUCAUUUGUCAGGAAUUCUGGGUAAUUAAGACUUUCUAAAAAAAAAAAAACUUACAGUAGUAUAAAAUGUCGUCUUAAUGUGGCAGGGCUCACAACUUGUGCUAUCUGGUCAGUCAGGCUCAGGAUCAUUUUCUUGCGCAGAAAAAAGUUCAAGGUUUCCAACGGGUUGAAAAAUUCCUCAAGAUCUCUAAAAACGACAUUCCUUUCUCAUUACUCGCUCCCCAACAUUGUUAAAAAGCCAAAAAAAAAAUUAUGAGCCAUGUUUUCUUCUUUUUUGUCUUUUGGUGCCACUGGUUAUCAGGUGCCACGGAUUGUUACCAUGGAAACACAACUCUUAGUUCAGUGUUGGCUAGCUUUAUGUCUAAACUUUUUGUUGUGAAACCAUCUAAGUUGCAUUAACUAACCUACUGUUGGAGCAAAAUUGAUACAGGCCUAACACCACAGACCUGUCUACGAAUAAUACGGUAAGACUGCAGAGUCUUAAAAAGUCUAAAAUCCAAUUAUCUAAAUGACUUAAAUAUGAUUUUGAGAGGUCUUUAAAAAUGAUUAGAUUAACUUUACUUACAUUAAGUUUUAUUUGUCAUUCUCGCUUUGAAAUGUGUUUUUGAGAAAGGUUCAUAUUAAUCAUGCUGUAACAACUACAAAAUGAAACCAAGAUGGAACCAAUACUGAUUUUUUGAUACAGAUACUGAUUAUUAGUAAUCAAGGAAACCACUGAUAUACAUUUGCAAUAAAAUGGAAUAUCUUAGAAUAACUCAAAAUAUAGAAUAACCUAACCUUCAUAAGUACAUUCACUCAAGUACUAUGUACAAGUGCAGCUUUGAUGUACUUGCGCUUUACUUGAGUAUUUCCAUUUUGUGCUACUUUAUACUUCAUUUUGGAGGCAAAUAUUUGUGCCUUUUACCCCACUACAUUUGUUUUUAUACCUUUAGUUACUAGUUGCAGAUUCACAUUAAUAAUGCAAAAUAUAGAUCAACUAGUAAAUUAUGUUUACUAAUAGUAUAGAUUAAGUAAUGUAAAGUAAUCAAAAUUAGCUCCACCUUUACCAGCUGCGACAUUCAACAAUGAUAACAAUCAUGCAGGCUUAGUGGUAUGUUAAAAAUGAAUUUUUUAACACAGCUAUAUCAGAUUGGUACUGGUAUCAGCCGAUAUGCAAAGUUCAGUUAUUGGAAUUGCUAUCAGAAAGGACAAAAUGGUAUCUGAUUUAUGUAUCAGCAAAUGGAAAAAAAAAAAAACUAUUCCAAUAAUCAGAAAAAUACGGCAUAUUGGAUCCGAUAAUUGGCCAGGCUGAUAAUCAGUUUAUCCCUUCUCAAAAUAGGUCUUAAAUUGCAUUCUGAAUACUCUUAGAAAUGUCUCAAAGUCUUAAACUGAACCUGUUAAACCCUGCAGAAACCCUGUAUCUUUCUACCUGUUUGUCAUUACUCAUGACUUAUGAGGUCCAGAGAAAAAAACACAAAGUGUGAAAGCGACCUGAGCUGCCUAAACAUAACUAUGAAGGCAUCUAAAGCACAUUAUAGUGCUUAAUAACAACUAAUCAUGCUUAAAGGCCCUACAAGGAGCUGUCAUUUUGUGUUGAUUCCUGCGGCGCCUGUGGACAAAGGCGGUAGUGUUUCAUUGAUUUCAAUGGGUAUCCGACCAGAUAAAAACUUCUUUGUAGUACGUUAGAGAUGCCAGGAGUGGACACUGUAGUGAAAAUACAGUAAGCUGCUCAUGACGCACAUGAUGAAGAUUUUUUAUCAAAGAGUUUCAUUGAAUUUAACCUUUGUUUAUUGACUCCUACAUGUUCUGUAUGUUAUUUAAUUAACUUUUCAUUUGCUGUGUUCGAGGCUUGCCAGCAAUAAGCUUUGUGAGUGUAUUUAUAAAGUUUGUCCAUACCCUCUUACAUUUCACAUUUUAAUGCUAAGUUUGGAUGUAGCUCUUGAUUGUUUUAUUUAUUUGAAUUAAAAUGAAAUGUAUUACACCACU